AUGUCUGUGUCCAAAAUUGCUGGUCUCGUCCUCGCCUCGGCCUCCAUGGUCGCUGGUCACGGUUACGUCUCUGGUGCCGUUGUUGAUGGCACCUACUACAAGGGUUUCAUCGUUUCAAGCUACAACUACAUGAACGAUGUUCCCGAGAACAUUGGAUGGGCAGAGGAUGCCACCGACCUCGGCUUCAUCGACGGUUCUUCCUACUCCAGCCCUGACAUCAUCUGUCACAAGGAUGCCACCCCCGGUGCCAUCUCCGCUGAGGUCAAGGCUGGUGGCUCCGUUGAGCUCCAGUGGACCGAGUGGCCCGAGUCCCACCACGGUCCCGUUAUCACCUACAUGGCCAACUGUAACGGUGACUGCUCCUCCGUCGACAAGACCACUCUUGAGUUCUUCAAGAUCGACGAGGGUGGCCUGAUUGACGACAGCUCCGUUCCCGGCACCUGGGCUUCCGACCAGCUCAUCGCCGCCAACAACAGCCGCACUGUCACUAUCCCCAGUACCAUCGCCUCCGGCAACUACGUUCUCCGUCACGAGAUCAUCGCCCUGCACUCCUCCGGCGAGAUCAAUGGCGCCCAGAACUACCCCCAGUGUCUCAACCUGAAGGUCACCGGUGGUGGUAGCGACAAACCCAGCGGUACUCUCGGUACCGCUUUGUACAAGAACACCGACCCCGGCAUUCUCGUCAGCAUCUACACCUCCAUGAGCUCCUACAUCAUCCCCGGUCCCGCUCUGUACACUGGCGCCUCCUCCGGCUCCGCCACCACUGCCGCUGCCUCUACCGUGAGUGCCACCCCCAUCGCGAGCUCGUUCUCGCACCCGGCCUACAGCCGCACCAAGCGUCCUUCCCGCAGCGCCACUCCCUCACCCUCAUCCAUUCCUACUUCCAUUCCUUCCAUCUCCAUGCCCAGCGCGGCUGAGGCUACCCCCGUCGACAAUGCUCCCUCUGAGGUCACUGUGACCGAUUAUGCUACUGCUCAGGUUACUGACCAGCCUGCAAUCCAGACCGCCAGCGCCGCCACUGUCACCGCCCCUGGCCAGGCUGUUCAGAGCGUCGCCCCGGCCGCUGACAAUGAGACCUCCGCCGCUGCUACCACCACCACUGCUGCCGCUGUGCCCGUCCCCACCUCCAGCACCAGCUCUGGCUCCAGCUCCUCCGGCUCCAGCUCCUCCGGCUCCGGCUCCAGCUCCACCCCCUCCACUUCAGACUACUCAUCCUACCUCAGCUCCCUGAGCGCCGAUCAGCUCCUCAGCGUCAUUCGCUCUACCCUGAAGUGGCUUGUCUCCGACAACAAGGUGCACGCCCGUGACCUGUCUAUCUAA